AUGGCAGGCAAGAAGAAAGAAGUCCAGCUCCAGACUGCAAUAACCAACCAAAAGCAGUGGGAUGAAAUGUUGCUGACAAAAGGUGUAGUAGUGAUAGAUGUGUACCAGGCUUGGUGUGGUCCUUGCAAAGCUGUGCGGAGUUUAUUCAGAAAGCUGCAGAACGACUUCAGUGAAGAUGAUGUGCUGCAUUUUGCAGUGGCAGAGGCUGACAGCAUUCCAACUCUGCAACCAUUUAGGAAUACGUGUGAACCUGCAUUUCUUUUUUGUGCUAAUGGUAAAAUCAUUGCAAUAGUGAGAGGUGUAAAUGCUCCUCUCAUAAGUAAGAAAAUAACAGAGCUGGUGCAGGAAGAGAGGGAAAUUGCAGCUGGACGGAAGGAACGCACCAAGGUGGAUGAACUUGUUUUCCUAGAGGAGAAAUCAUCAGAAGAGAGUGUUGAAGAGAACAUACCUGAGGCAGUUAGAUAUUCUGUUGGAAUCAUAAAACCUGAUGAUGUCUUAGAGGGACGUGUAGAAGAAAUUAAACAAAAGAUCAGAGGUGCAGGAUUUCGCAUUGAAGCAGCAGAGGAGAAAAUGUUAACUGAAGAGCAAAUCAGAGUCUUCUAUGCCCAGAAAAAAGACCAGCCUGAUUUUGAGGACUUUGUUCAGUUCAUGCUGAGUGGACCGUGCCACAUUCUGGCAAUCACUAAAGAGGAAGCAAGUGGAGCUAUUCCUCAUUGGAAAGAACUGGAUGAAUCAAGUGAGAGUGUGCCUGAUGAGCCAGACAGGUAACUACCAGGGCUGAAAGAAGCAGAGAGCAUAUUAAGUAUUUGUGAUGUGCAAGACAGCAUAGAAGAUGCCAGCAGACAACUUGCCUUCUUCUUCCCAAAUUUUGAUGCAAAGAAAGCAGACCACAAAGUUGAAAGGACUUUGGCUUUAAUUAGACCUUGUCUCCUAAAGGAAAGACGAAAUUCUAUCAUACAAAGAAUAAAGGAUGAUGGCUUCGAAAUAGCAAUGCAGAAAGAAAUAAUGCUAACUGAAGAGCAAACACGGGAAUUUUAUAAGGAACAUGUAGACCAAGACUACUUCCCAGUCCUUCUAGAGCAAAUGACCAGUGGUCCAACUCUUGUGCUUGCUCUAACACGAGAAAAUGCUGUAGCACACUGGAGAGACUUAUUAGGCCCAAAGACUGUUGAAGAGGCUAAGAAGGAAAAUCCAGGGAGUUUGCGUGCAAUAUAUGCAGUGGAGAAUGUACCUAUUAGUCAGCUGCAUGGCAGCUCUACACCACAUGAAGCUCAGAAGGAAUUGCAGUUCUUCUUCCCUCAGGAGCAUACUCUGGCACUAAUCAAACCUGAUGCUGCUAGAGAGCACAAAGAUGACAUUAUGCAAAGAGUUAAAGAUGCUGGAUUUACCAUCUCAAAGAUUAAAGAACAAGCUUUAACUCGUGAAAUGGCUGCACAGUUUUAUAAGGAUCACGAAGGAAAACCCUUUUUUGAACAGCUGGUGAACUAUAUGACUGAGGGUCCAUCAGUGGUAAUGGUCUUGACGAAGGAAAAUGCUGUUGAAGAGUGGAGGAAUCUAAUGGGUCCAACAGAUCCAGAAGUGGCAAAAGAGAACUUUCCUCAAUCAAUUCGAGCUCAGUUUGCUCAAGACAUUUUGUCCAACGCUGUUCACGGAUCAUCUACCCAAGAGCACGCGCUGAGGAGCAUUGAGUGUGUAUUUGGAGAGCUUGAUAUAGAUUGA